UCAAACCCUGUGGUGCUAUGGAAGUGUGAAUCAGGAUGAGAAGGAGCACUGAGCAGAUUGUCACCUUUCCUUGGGUGCUUCCGGGGAGCUCCCUCGCCUCCAAGUCGACCCCCAAUGCCACACUGAGGUGACUCAAUUGGAGGCCUGCCAUCUACCUGCAGGCUGGGGCAGAUUCUGCCAAGCCAAGAAGGCUCUGUAACAGAAGGGUCCACUCUGCCUCCUGAGGGUGAGCCUAGCUCUGGAGAGAGAGAGAGAGAGACCCAUGGACAGGAGGCUGGUCCCCAGGAAGAAACCUCUUCGAGGGUGGGUCCCUGUGGCCAACUUGAACUCAAAGAAAAGGAACAAGAGCCCCCCCUGGAGGGGCUUCUGCCUUCUUCGUGGGGAGGAUGAGAUUCCAAAGGCAUUUGAGGAGGAAACGCCCUCCACCAGGGCAAGUCGGCACCUUUGCAACUUGUCAUCUUAGAGCUAAAAUGUUAAGGGAAUUCCCUCAGGUCCUACUGCCUGGGAGUGUUAAAGUGUUCCUGCUGUCCUGCCCGGUUCAGCAUUAUGCCUGGGGGAAGGUCGGCUUUUCCAGCGAAGUGGCCCAAUUGCUGGCAAGCAGUGACCCGAUGAUGGUCCAGAUUGAAGAGGACAAGCCAUAUGCAGAGCAGCUCACCAUCAGCUUCCCUGUCCGACUAAGGAUUCUCUCCUGUUCAGAUGUGGAUGGGAACCCACCCCCGGGGUGACGCUGUGAUUCUUGACACUGAUAUCUCUGAGAAGACACUGGGGAAGUGGAUCGCCAACAACUUGCCUUGCUUAGGGCAGAGCGUCAAAAAAACCUACGGAGAUCUGCCUUUCCUCUUCAAAGUGCUAUCUGUCAACACAGCCCUUUCCAUCCAGGCACAUCCCAGUAAGGAACUGGCAGCGAAGCUUCAUGCCCAGGCCCCUGAACACUACCCGGAUAAUAACCACAAGCCAGAGAUGGCCAUUGCCCUUACCCCUUUUCAGGCCUUAUGUGGCUUCCGGCCUGUCCAGGAGAUCGUGGAUUUUUUUCAGAAGGUGCCAGAGCUUCGGCUGCUGAUUGGCAGUAAGGCAGCAGAACAGUUAGAACAGAGCAUGGGCCAAGACCUCCAGACUAUCUCUUCUGCCCUUCGGGUCUGCUUCACCAAAAUGAUGAAGAGUGAAAAGGGGGACUUUGAGGAACAGCUUAACAUCUUGGUGAAGCGCGUCUCUCAGGAAGUGGCAGAAGGGAAAGACGUGACAGCCUGUAAUGGGGAACUCCUCCUGAGGCUUCAUGGACAGUAUCCUGGUGACAUCGGCUGCUUUGUCAUCUACUUCCUGAACUUGGUGAUGCUACAGCCAGGGGAAGCCAUCUUCUUGGAGGCCAACGAGCCCCAUGCCUACCUAAAUGGAGACUGUGUGGAGUGUAUGGCAUGCUCAGACAACACAGUGCGAGCUGGCCUGACACCCAAGUUCAUUGAUGUGACAACCCUAUGUGACAUGCUCAACUACACUCCAGCCCCAAGAAGUUCAAAACUCUUUUCUCCUGUGGUUGAUGAAGUCGACCCUUAUGUCUCCAUCUACAAUCCACCUAUACCUGAAUUCGCAGUUUUACAGAUCAAGGUUCCUUCCACCACUCGCUUCUACGUGGUUACCAACAUAGAGUCAGCCAGCAUUCUCCUGGUGGUGAAGGGAAAAGCAAAGGGUAACCCAUCAGUAUCCAAGUCUGAGCUCUCCUUGCAGCGUGGCACUGUAGUCUUCAUCGCAGCCGAUGAGUUUCUCUCAUUGGAACUCAGUCCGGGGCAGGACUUGCUGAUGUUCCGAGCCUGCUGUCUGCUCUAGCCUGGCCACGGUUAGCCCUGCGGUCUCCCACCGGCCCAUGUUGUAUCUGUGUUGUGUCUCGGAGCAGCUCCAAGAAAGUGGGCUCAAAGAUCAUGCCAGCUGUUGUUCUUACCUUGCUCCUGAAAACGUUGGCCCACCUGGAGGAGCUGGGGAAGGGACCUGUUCUACACGGGUGGGACAACCAUCUGUCUAACAGUGGAAGAGGGAUAUACAUGCUGUAUCUCUGGAGUUAUUUAAGCACACAAUUAAAUGUUGACUGCCCCACAAA